GAAAACUGAGGCAGACGCCUCGAACUCGCCUUUCCGCGACGCCAUGCGGAUCCUCUACGCCCUGGUCGCCGCGACGGCCUUCGCCUUCGCCCCCGCCGCCCCGCCGAGGACAGCCGUCGCCCCGGGCGCGACGCGACGAGGGCGCGACGGGAAGAUCUACGUCGGCGAACCGGAGCCCAUCGAGCAGGUGGGCGACCUGCUGCGCAACCUCGGGCGGGGCCUCGAGCAGGGCGCGCGGGGCGUCAUGGACGACGUCUUCGGCAAGCAGCCCGUGCUGAACCCGAUCCCCAUCGAGAUGCCCCCCGAGGAGCCGGAGGCGAUCCCGGAGAAGGACCCCUUCGACUUCCCGCCGCCGAGCCGACCACACGGCGGCGACUGGGGCCUGGACAGGAGCCAGGUCGACGGCUUCGUGCCGCCGCCCGACGACGCGGCGUGGAUCGCGCCGGGCAAGGUCGUCGCCGCCGCCGACGAGCACGGCCAGUACUACGACGCGACGGUGCUGGAGCUGCGGACGCGCGCCGACGGCGGCAUCGGCGCGGCCUUCGUGCAGUUCAUCGGCUGGGAGGACUGGCCGAGCGAGUGGGUCGCGCGCGAGUCCCUCGCGUACCUGCCGCCGCGGUCCGCGCCGCCCGUCGACGACGCGGCGCUGUCGCCCGAGGCGCUCGCCGAGCGGCGCCGCGUGAACCGGCGGUCCCAGGACUGCUGGCAGUUCGACCAGUUUACGAAGGCCUUCGCGGGCAGCUGGCGCGGGGCCGGCGAGCGCUACGUCGCCGCGGGCCGCGCGUUGGCCGUCGCGGCGACGUUCGACGCCAAACUGGACCUCGAGCGCCGCGACGACGCGACCGUCGCGUCGGCCCACGACGCCUGGGCGCUCGCCGUGUCGGAGCAACGGACGAACUUCGUCGUCCUCGACUCGCUCGGCGACGGCGCCGCGGAACCGGCCCGGGAGGCCGCCGCGCCGCCGCUCGGCGCCGUGACGCUCAAGCCCGCGACCUUCCGCGCCGAGGCCCGCGACGGCGGCGAGCUCGGCGGCACGGCGGCCAACGGCGAGGCCUUCUCGACCGCGCGCGUCGACGGCGACGCGCUGGUCGUCGACGUCUGGGCGCGCGCCGCCGACGACGCGCUCUCGCUCCGCGUCGCCUACGAAAAAACGACCGGCGGCGCCUGGGCCUUCGCCUGCUGCGACCUGGCGCGCUGGUGUCCCGCGGGCGGCGCCGCGGCGCCGGCCGGCGACGCUCUGGGCACGGGCCUCUACGACGUCCACCGCCGGCUGCGCGACAUGGCGACGCGGGGCGCGCUCGACGAGUCCGUCGGCAUCCACGAGCUCCGCCUGCCGGGGCGCGUCACGGCGGCGUUCCCGCGGACCCUCGACCCGGGCCGCGGCGGCCUCAACGCGAACGGCGGCGGCGUCGUCAGCCUCGACCUCGUCGCCGGCGACAUGCGGAUCCAGGUCGACCGCGUCUUCGACACGCCCCUGGGCGACCUCGCGUCCUUCGAGAUCACGGACAUCCUCGUCGACGACGCGGAGAAGUUCCCGGCCAAGCCCCUCCGCCUGCCGGGGCGCGUCACGGCGGCGUUCCCGCGGACCCUCGACCCGGGCCGCGGCGGCCUCAACGCGAACGGCGGCGGCGUCGUCAGCCUCGACCUCGUCGCCGGCGACAUGCGGAUCCAGGUCGACCGCGUCUUCGACACGCCCCUGGGCGACCUCGCGUCCUUCGAGAUCACGGACAUCCUCGUCGACGACGCGGAGAAGUUCCCGGCCAAGCCCGUCGGCAUCCUCACGGCCGGCGGCCUCGCGCCGUGCCUGAGCUCCGCCGUGGGCUUCCUCAUCGAGAAGUACACGCUCGCGGACCCGACGAUCGAGAUCAUCUGUUACGCGUCGGGCUACAAGGGCCUCCUCUCCGGCGACUCGACGGUCGUCACGCCGGCGAUCCGCGAGCAGGCCUCGGCCUUCCAGCUCCACGGCGGGUCGCCCAUCGGCAACUCGCGCGUCAAGCUCACGAACGUCGCGGACUGCGUGAAGCGGGGCCUCUGCCGCGAGGGCGAGGUGCCCCUCGAGGUCGCGGCGCACCAGCUCAAGAAGGACGGCGUGACGAUCCUCCACACCAUCGGCGGCGACGACACGAACACGCAGGCCGCCAAGGUCGCGGAGUAUUUGAAGGAGAACGGCUACCCCAUCUGCGUCGUCGGCCUCCCCAAGACCAUCGACAACGACGUCAUCCCCAUCAAGCAGUCCCUCGGCGCCUGGACGGCGGCGGAGGAGGGCGCCAAGUUCUUCGCCAACGUCGUCAACGAGAUGUCCGCGAACCCGCGCAUGCUGAUCAUCCACGAGUGCAUGGGCCGCGACUGCGGCUACCUCACGGCCGCGACGGCCAAGGCCUACUGCGACAACCUGACGGGGCUGCCCUUCGUGCCGGGCCUGGGGCUCUGCCGCCAGAAGAAGUCGAUCCACGCCGUCUACAUCCCCGAGCUCGCGAUCGACAUCGAGCGGGAGUCGGCGCGCCUCAAGAAGAUCAUGGACAAGUACGACUGCGUCAACAUCUUCCUCUCCGAGGGCGCGGGCGUCAAGGACAUCGUCGCCGAGCUCGAGGCCAAGGGCGAGACCGUGGAGCGCGACGCCUUCGGCCACGUCAAGCUCGACAAGGUGAACCCGGGCGCGUACUUUGCGAAGCAGUUCGCGGCCAAGCUCGGCGCGGAGAAGGUCCUCGUCCAGAAGAGCGGCUACAUGGCCCGCGCGGCGCCGGCCAACGUCGCCGACCGCGCGCUCAUCUCCGCGUGCUGCACGCUCGCCGUCGAGUGCGGCCUCAAGGGCUCGUCGGGCUGCAUCGGCCAGGACGAGGAGCGCGGCGACGUGCUCCGCGAGAUCGAGUUCGACCGCAUCAAGGGCGGCAAGGCCUUCGACACGACCCAGGUCUGGUUCCAGGACAUGCACGCCGCGGCGAUGUGCGGGUGA